AUGGUGUAAACAAUCAAUGGAUCACAACUUGCUUAAACUGUAACAACAAUUGAAGUUGUUUGUCGACCUUUACAAAAGUCUUCAGGUUAAUCAUAGGUGGAAUAAAAUGAAAAUUCUCUAAUUAAAAAAAUCAAAGAACUUUUUAGUGAGGCUUUCUUUCACCAUUACGCAAUAAUUUUGAAUACAACUGAGAAUGAAUAAAUGAUAUUGCAUUACUUAUAGGAAGGUUUCACUAGUUCCUUAAUUAACAAUGAAGAAAGAAAAGGCUACACAGUAAUUGAGAGGUAUGAUUCAUCAUAAUUCAAUAAAUUGUUCAUAGUAUAAGAACUAUAUAAUUUAAGAUAAUUAAAUAGUUAAGAUUCAUUAGAAUAUAAUCUCCUUAAGAAUAGUUGUAUUCAUUAUGUCAAUCAUGUUAAAGAGUAUAUAAAUAAAUAUCUCAUUGAUAUAAAUUUACAUGCAGUUUAGAAAGUAGAAUUGCCUAGCUUAAUCUCUGCUACAAAAAUUUUAAUCUAAAAGAUUUUUGAGAAUAUUUUAGCAUUUGUUAGAGAAAAGAAACCACUUAAAAGUUUAAUGAAAUUCACUAGAGAAAACUUUUUAAAUCCAAACUUAUAUUAUCAUAUACUUUAUGAAGCUAUCUGA